AAUGAGCGGCGAUUGACAUGCACGGACUCAGGACUCACUGCUCAUGUAUCGUUUAAUGCCCAAUAAAAUUUCUCAUCCUGAACUACGUUUCAAAAACGAAUGAUAUAAAUAUCAUACCUUACAAGAGAAAUGCGUUAGAUAGGCAAAUAUAAUCAAAUAUCAAAGUCUUGAAUAGUUAACAAGAAAAUUAAGUUAUUAUUAUAUAUAUAUAUAUAUAUAUAUAUAUAAUGCAACAUCAUUGUGAAUCUGAUCAUAUACAACUGAACUUGCAAAGAAAUAGUACAAGUUUUCAUGUUCUGGUCGGUUUGACUGGCAGUGUAGCUGCACUCAAGGCGCCUUUGUUGGUAACACAACUACUUGAGAUACCAGGGGUUGAUGUCCGUGUGGUCACCACAGACCAUGCCACUCAUUUCUACGAUAUCAAUGAAGUCCCUGUCCGUGUGUACACAGAUAAGGAUGAGUGGGAGAUGUGGACAAAGCGCUCUGAUCCUGUGCUUCAUAUCGAACUUAGACGUUGGGCAGAUCUUUUAGUGAUUGCUCCACUGGAUGCCAACACACUUGGUAAAAUUGCCAGUGGAAUAUGUGACAACCUCUUGACAUGUGUGGUCCGAGCCUGGGACACCAGCCGUCCUCUGCUCUUCUGUCCUGCUAUGAACACAGCCAUGUGGCAGCACCCUAUCACUGCACAGCAAGUGGCCACACUUAAAAGCUUUGGCUACGUUGAGAUACCAUGCAUUGCCAAAAAACUAGUCUGCGGAGAUGAAGGAAAAGGUGCCAUGGCAGAGGUUUCAACUAUUGUUGAAACUGUCAAACAGUACAUCCAGAAACAUCCUGAAUGACCUCGGACUAAACAUAGCAGUGGGUUUUAUAAAGAACUCCUGGUGCCAUCUGUUGAUCAGCAUUAAUGCAUAACACCAUGGAAACUGGAAGCACAAUGUAUUGUAGGAAAUCCUGUAGAGACUCUGCUCCUGAGGAAAAACCAUACCUUGGGGAACAGGGGCUCUUACAGAGGACAUCAACUUGUCUAGACAAUAAAAAUUAGACACAGUU